AUGGUUUUGAAUGCAAUGUACCCGUUGUAUGUUGAACCGCGCCAGCGCAUCCACGAAUGGCUCGAGCGGUCGCUCUCUACGAGGAACCUCGGCGCGGACGACGACGAGGCUCUCAAGGAAGAUGAGCAGGAGGGCGCGCCGAAGGAGUUGCCGCCCCGCGCCCUGGCCGACUCCGUCGCGCCUCCUCCGCCUUUGCCAGGAGUCCGCUCGAAGCCGCGGGAAGUGCGCGUGCAGUAUGAGCAGCUGGCGGCGUUGACCCUCAAGAUGGCGCAGGCAAAGGCGGCCGCAGUCGAGUCUCAGCAACAGCGCGAAGAGGAGACACAGCCGGCGGCCGUCCAGGACGCCCGCCAAAGGAACGGCUUCACAGACUCUUCACAGCAACACCACCAGACCCAUCACCCGACGCAGCAGCCCCACCACGGCCAGCAGCGUCAGCUUCCACACCUCAGCCAGCAGCAGUACCACCAGCAGGCGGGCCACAGCCACCACGACCACCACGGGAGAAGAGACGAAGUAAGUGGUGGCGGAGGCGGAUCUGUCGGCCACCCCGCCAGCGUCAGCGCCUCCGCCAGGACUGCUGCCCCACCUCCCGAAGCUCCCCAGCGCCACCGAGGCCACAGUGACAGCCCCCGUAUGGUGACGAGGAGAUCUAUCCGGGCCCCGGCGGCGCCCACGAGCCCCCUCCUCAGCAGACACAACCAGCAGAGUCCUUCCCGAGGGCCCCUGUCGCCAGCGCCUGCGUCUACCUCUGCGGGGGUGUCGGUGGGCGGCGUAGUGGUACCGCCACCCCAUCCCGGCACCGUUCAGGAGGCGGCCAGCAUCAUGACCUCAACCGUCGCAUCAGUCACGGCAGGAAGACAAACUGCAGGAGGCGCCGACGCCAAGCGGUAUGACAGCCCAAGCCCAACUCCGACCCGGCGGGGGAGUGGCUACAGCCGGCGCCGCCACGGGUCGUCCCAUCACAACGACUCGGGCUACGACCUCCAGCGCAGCAAGACGGACUCGUACAUCACCACAGGCUCCACUCCGGGUGGCGUCUCAAGGCAGAUGAGCCACGAAAGUGAAUCUUCCGACGCCAGCAUGACGAGCAUGCAGCCGGGCGUCCUGCGUUAA